UGUAGUAAAAUUGCAUAACCGACCUCAAUUUUUUUUCUCUUUUUCAAUAUCAGAAAGCUGUUGUUUAAUAGCAUUUGCCUCGAUAAUCUAAGUCAUAAUGACAGUCUACGUGAGUGUUUAAGAAAAACUAACGGGACCUGUAAUGAUGGAUGAGGUGAUUUACGGAGACGGCAGCCAUAGUGGAGACGGCAAGAGAAGCUGCGUGGAACUGGAAGAAACUAAACAGAGUGACCAUGGGAAGAUAAUGGAAGAAAGGUUACAUCAGUGUUUGGAGAACAAUGGAGGCCAGAAUAUUACCAAUGAUGGGAGCCCUACAGAAACAGCAUGUGUGAGCCUUCAAAAUAUGGAGCAAAAAGCAGUCAGUAGUACAGAUCUGAAAGAUUUGUCAGAGUCAAGCAAUAAGGAAACCACAGGCCAAGUGAACAAGAAUUAUAAGUGUGAUCACUGCGAUUCUGUCUUUCGUCAGAAGAACAACCUAAGGAGACAUUUAAAGUUGCAUUCAGGGCAUAAACCCUAUGUAUGUAAAGAAUGUGGACUAUCAUUUUACGUGCAGGAUUCUUUGAAGAAACACAUGAGAACUCACACUGGAGAAAAACCAUACAAGUGUGGAGAAUGCAACACUUCCUUUGCUCAUAGUGGUCAUUUGAAAGCACAUAAAAGGACACAUUCAGGAGAAAAGCCAUAUAAGUGCCAGGAGUGUGGCUUAUUUUUCUCCCAAGCAGGUAAUCUGAAGGUCCAUAUGCGGGUUCAUACUGGGGAAAAGCCCUUUGUUUGCAAGGUCUGUGGAGCUGCAUUUGCUAUUAGUAGUGUAUUCAAAAAACAUAAAUUGGUUCACACUGGUGAGCGUCCCUUCAAGUGUUCGUAUUGUAAUGCUAGAUUUUCCAGUAAUUCCAAUUUGUCAAGGCACAACAAGACACACACAGGAGAAAGACCUUUCAAGUGUCAGUUAUGUGAUGCAUCUUUUCCUGUUAAAAAUUCUUUAGAUCGUCACAUUAAGUCUCACACAGGUGAACGUCCAUACUGCUGUGAAAUGUGCGGUGCUGUUUUUGCUGAUAUGUCAGAUCUUACGAAACACAGGAAAACACAUUCUUCUGAAAAGCCACUAAAAUGUAAUGUAUGUGGAAAAGGUUUCUUUUCUAAAUCACAAAUGAAUAUUCAUAUUAGAACCCAUACUGGAGAAAAGCCACAUAAAUGUCAGUUAUGUGAUGCAGCUUUUGCACAGAUAGGGACACUGAAUAAACAUAAACAGAGACACUCAGGAAAAAAACCUUUUCGAUGUGAUGUGUGCGGUACACAGUUCACAGCUAAAAGCAGUUUGAAAAAACACAUGGAAAGACAUUCAUCAAGUGCUGUGCCAUCAACACCAAGUACUUGUAAUAUCUCUCCUUACUGUGGAGUGAAUCUAGAGACACCUUUUCAUGACAUUCAGAACAAAGUAUUAAACACCAGUGGCUUAUGUAGUCAGGAAACAUUAUCACUGCCUUCCAAACUGGCAACAGAAUCAUCCCAGAUAGGAGAUUCAUUGAGUGUAGGAACCAUGCCGUUAAACUCAGAUGAAAGCAUUCUGAAUAAACGUGUGAUGCAAGGAAGCAGUCAGAGUCCUUUAACAUCAAUUCCAUCUUCAAUUCACAGUGUGGAAUCUGCCUAUAUGGAUGUAGCAAAUUAUAAUCCGGGGUUACAUACACUGGGUGGACAUGUACCUGAAUCCAGUUCUGUUCUCAGUAGUUACACAGCCCUUGAAGAGAGAAACACUCCAAUCUCUUUCCAAGAUCUGCAUGAUGCUAAUGAACUCUGUGAUAUUGGAAAGAAUCCAGCAAUAGUUGGUAAUGAAGUGCAGUAUCUCCACACUUUUUCUGAAGUUGUUGCAGUGCCUUCUAUCCAGCCAGGAGGUACAGGUAAUUCACUUGUAUCAGACCUCACACCCCCACAAAAAUGGUAGCCAUCACAGAAGAGUUUUAUUAAUGGUUUUGAUUUUUGGCUUGUAGUACAAAUGUUUAGUUUAGUAGCCUGUAAAUGCUGAAUAAUUUGUGAAGCACCUGCUCUAUAUGACAUAAUACAAGAACUAAAGUAUAUAAAUUUGUGAAAUAAUCAUUCAUAUGUUCAGCAAAUUAUUUUUGGCCGUGUUGGUUGUUCUAUGUUUUAGUCCUUCCCCUUUUAUAAUGUUUACUAAGAUAUAUAAAAUCAGUUAUGGUGAGUUGUGGUUUACUACUGUACCCAUUAGUGUGAGUAGUUUCCAUUCCAGUCCGUUUUGUAAUAAUGAAAGAUACAGAAAUUCGGUAGGAAAACCAAUUUCAUUUAUUCUUUUGUAGUACUGGUACAGCCAUUAAAAAACAAUUGAUAGAUAUAUAGCGCUAUGUAUCAAAUGGUGAUGUUAUAAUGUAUUUACAUAUAUUGUAAGAGAUAAAAAGAAACCUGUAUUUAUAUAUAUAUAUUUUUAUUGUUACAUAUAUUUUUAACUUGUUUUAAUUUUGUGAUACCAAACUUAGGUAUAAAAAAUAUACAUUUUAAAAAUAAAAAUGUCAAUUAUGUUUCCAUAUUUAAAGCCUAAUCCAAAUGAUGGGCAGAGCCCACACUUACAAAACAAUUACCACAUAGGUAGCAUGAAAGACGAAUCACAUGCAAAGAAACCACAGGCUGAGAUCUGACAACAGCGUUUAUAGAUUAAGCACUGGAUCACAGGCUACGCAAUGUACCCGCUAAAAGGCACAUUCUCUUUUUGUGUCCAUA